CUUGUUCGACCCAUCUCAUCGUGAAAGUCUCACAUCAAGGGUUCACAACAGAUAUUCAAGAUCGAGCAAGCCUGUGAGCACUUACUUCGCUGCCAACGGAUCGAGACUACCUGCAUUGCCUCUUUGCCAUCAAUACCCGAAAGGCCUUUGAGAUCCAGGCAUGAACUGAGCUCUGCGUCUCCUCUAUCACCAUCCAGACAUAGCAUUCACCAUUCGUCCUCGCAACGAUGUCCUCCAACCCGGCCGCCGAACUGGCGUCAGCCAUCCAAUCCGUCUCCAUCAACCGCGCCCCCUCAUCAGCCCACGACAUCAACCCUUCUACCGCCGCAUCCAAAAAGAUCCCAGCCAACAUCGAAUCACCUCCCCGAUCCCGCACACACUCGUUAGACUCCGCCACAGACACAAAUUCCAUAGCAAGCGACGUGAUCCGCCCCCGGCCACGGCGCAAGGAUUUUCCUCCCAUUCCCGACUUCCGUUUCGAGCAGUCGUACCUAGCGUCCCUCAAGGACGCCGAUACGAACUGGAAAGUCGCCUUCAUCACGAUUCGAGAUCAGGUGUUUCUGCCGCUCGUCCAGGGCAUCGCGUGGAACUUGAUCAUGAGUGGAUGGCGGCAUUGGAACCGUAGCUCCAAGUUCCAGGGCCAGACUCUCGGAGCGAAAGUGCGGAAGUGGUGGUGGGGAGUGAAUAAUUGGAAGGUGCCGCAACCAAAUGACAGUUCGAAGGCUGCGAGGAAAGACGCAAAGGUUCUCCGUAAGGCGGAGGAGUUUUUCGUCGACCGAUUUGGGACGGCACUGGGGGAUUGAGUCGGUUCGUUUGAAUGAGGUAUUGAGUUGUAUCUACGAGGAUCCGCGGCGACGGUGUGGAUUUCGAGGACGGAUGCGUGGCAGCCCGCAGAAGGGCAGUUCGGUGUCAUCCAUCGGUCUGUUCAUGGGUGCUCAGGCAUUCGAAGAUGGUUCGAGCAUCAUGCCGGGAACCAAAGGUCUGACUUGCAGAAGUUUUAAGGCCGUACAAGGGGGUCACGUCAGAAACGCCGUUGGACGUCGGCAUGCUGCAUCAUAGGGGCAGUUUGUGUGAGCUGGCCAGGCACAGGGUGGCUUUGGGCUCAAACAGAGUUGUACUGGCACCACGAAUGGGACGGAACCGCAGGCAAAGAGCCUUGGGCGAGCUUGCAAAC